AUGAUUCGAAAGUCCUUGAACCUCUUCAUUGACCACAAUCCCACGAGCAUGUUUGACAAGCCCAUUUCCAUGGACAAGACCUUUCGAAUAACGAUAAUCUUCACACAACGCCUCGCGCCAAAGAAGACAAACAGAGGCGCGCGCGCAGCAGUUUACAGCCAACUGAAUGCCCAUUUACGGCCAUCAGGCCCAAGCCUAGGACAAGCCAGCCGGCGAAGGCGAACACGACGACGACACACCGUGGGAACCUCGACGCGUUCGCGGCUCCCAACGACAGUAAAAUCGUCGCGGAUCGUUGACGACCACACUCAUUACAUUGUCUCGACUCAUGUUUCCGUGGGAGCCUCUUCUCCGGUGUUCAAAUAUCUCCACAAUUUGCAUCCUCCGUUUUUUUACGACCGAUUCGUGGGAAAAGACAUCUAG